AUGGCCAAGUCUAGCAACAAUUCUCGUCUACUUCUUCUACAGCACCUCGUUCGAGAGAUUUCAACCGAUUCCGAUCUCACUGGCGCUGACUCGGAGGUUAUGGAUGCAAUUUUGAGGCUGGAUGACACAUUUCGUGGGACGAAGGAUCAAUUGCCUUCCAGAGAUUCUUCCAUGGCUGGUGAGGUCCCAAAAUCACACCACUCAGAUCACAGCUCCAAGUUGGUCGGCGGAUCGUGUGACCCUAGGCUCCCCCCGAUCAUGGAUGACAAGCUGGAACUUGCUGUCUUUACCCAUCCGGCUCUUAGCAACAAUAACAACACGACCUACGACCGACUCGAGAUUCUAGGCGAUGCAUACAUUGAGCUGAUUGCAACCAAACUUGUCUGGGAGAAAUUCCCAGAUUUACCAGCAGGUCGAAUAUCACAGAUUCGGGAGAUCCUUGUUAAGAAUGAGACACUUGCGGGCUUCGCAGAAAGCUUUGGUUUGGACAGCAGGGUUUCUGUGCCGCCAAACUACAAUACCCCAUCAAAGCGAUGGACCAAGACAAAGGGCGACGUCUUCGAAGCCUACGUCGCAGCAGUCAUACUAUCCGAUACUGUUUGUGGCUAUGAAGUAGCCGAGCAUUGGCUAGCAGGUCUAUGGAUGCCAAUCCUCAAGAACUUGGGACAUCAAAAAGGGGAGUUACGCUCCAAGGAGGCUCUUGCUAAGAAGAUCAUGGGGAAAAAUGUCAAACUUGAAUACAUUGAGGAACGUCCAUCAAUUCAGCAGAAGGGUGGCACACAGACUUUCUUCGUCGCGUUAUAUCUCACUGGGUGGGGAUGGGGCAGGAGGUUUCUGGGUUCCGGUCAGGGUUUGAGUAAAGCAGCUGCAGGUGACGAAGCAGCGAAGAAGGCCUUGCUGAAUACGCCUUUGAUUCUUGAGAUCAUGUCAGCAAAAGAAUCAUGGGAGUCAAACUCUUGA